AUGGCGGCCCAACUCUCUAGAAGCCACGCCACUGCAAGACGGACGCUCAUGGUCGCAGUAUUAAGUGCACCUGCAGGAGGUUCUGCUACUUGCAUUCUACGCAUCGAUUCUCUCCCACCAGAGGGGACGCGGAAGCACGCAGCGCCACUUCAGAGAGUACAGACGCCCCAGCCCGCUGGACCCUUUCCAUUUUCCUUCCAAACUUUCGCGGAUUCCCACUCUUCGGCGCUGCUUGAAUGCGCCAGCAGCGGUGGCACUGCCGUUGACUGUGUGCCACCUCCUUGUUCUCUCUCUCCUAACGGCGGCUUCCUGUACACCUAUUCGCGAGAACGCGCACAUUCAGCCUUCCACGCCGCCCGACAGCGUCGCAUCCACCGGCCCGCCAUGUGGAAAGCAGUCGGCAGUACUUUUAGACCCGCGCUGAGGAUCGGCACCCGGCUCGAGACUGCUGCAGUCGCCUCGAGGAGUCGCAUGCAUUUCGGCCUGCGCCCUUCACGAGCCUUUCCCCUGCAAUUUGCGCGAAUCGCCGCGGAUGCGCUCUCUCGCCCCUUCUCUAGUGCACCAGCGGGUAGCUCCGAGCCAUGCGCCCCCCCCCCGUCUGGCAGUCGCGAUGCUUCCCUUGCCGUCGCCUCAGACGCCACCGCACAGCCGCCUGCCUUUCCCAGCGGCGAGGUGCAGGAGAUAGCCAUUCCCGACCGCAUGCGCAUGGUCUCAUGGUUUGCUCGACACAACGCCAUAGACCUCUCCUUCUUCGCCGCUCGGGCAAAGCGGUUCGAACCCCUGCAGCCAACCGAUCCUAGGCCCGUCGAUUACUCCUGGGGAGAGCUCACGCUGCGGCUCUCCGACAAAAACGCUGAACGCCUGCGAGACGCUUUCCGCCAGGCUUCACGUCCAAACGCACUCCGCAGUGGCCGCUUGCUCGAGGUACUUGACUGCUUCGCUGGAGACAUCGCCUUCGCCUACUGCUGGCCUACCAUUACGCUGAACAAAGACAAAACGGACCUCUUCGUGACCGUCGCUAUCGAUUCAAUUCGCCUUUUCGAUCAUGAAGACAAGGCUAGUGCUUGCGACGCGUUUCCAAGCAUAUCCGUUCAUAAGGACCUCACCCUGAGGGGCUUUGUGACCUACGCCGGCACCUCCUCGCUGGAAAUCACCGCAGAGCUUCUCCAAGAUAGCCGGCGCAUUGGCUCCGCCUUUCUGGUGUUCGUGCACGUGGGAAAAGACGGUAGGCCAAAGAAAAUCCUGCCACCCCUGCGCUCGGACUGCGACGAUCCAAGGAUUCAGCAGCAGCUCAAGGAAGCCGAGGCGCGGCAAACGUUGCGCAGGGAGAGAGCUGCAAAGGGCGAUGGUUUUAGAGGGCCUGACCAAGCAGAGGCGGAGUUUCUGCACAACACUUGGCUCACAGCCACGUGCAAGGCGAAGCAACGAGACGUCAAGUGGAUCCAAGACACCCGACUGGACAGCAACAUCCUCAUGCAACCCGAAAGCAUCAGCAUGUACGGAAGAGCUUUCGGAGGAUACAUCAUGCGUUCCGCCCUUGAGCUCUCGUUUCUAACUGCGCAGCGCUUCUUCAACAAAGCCUGUCCAGUUAUUACAGGUAUGGAAGAUAUCCGCUUUUUUGAUGCGGUAAGACAGGGGGAUAUCCUGCGACUCACGGCAAACGUUAUUUGGAGCGACCAGGAGGAAGUGCAGAUCCAGGUGGAAGCCUCGAGUAGCGCCGUCGGAUGUCCGCUUAAAAGAACCAACCGCCUUAUAUUCUACUACAAGCAGUGCGAAGUGCUCAAAAACCGGGACCCAGUGGACAUUCAGGUGUACCCCCUAAACUAUGGCGAGUACAUGUGGUUCCUGGAGGCACGGCGGAGAUCCAUGAACAGGAGGAGGUGCUGCUCGUUUGUUGAUACACUUGGGAAAGGAACCGUUGAAAAGAGUCCUUGCUUAUUGCAAGCCGCGCCGUGCUAG